AUGGAGAUCGUGGAUGCGUUUGAGCCCUACGGCGAUCUGGCGGCGGCGGAGGAGGAGGGAUGCCGGACGCCGGAGCACGGGAUACCGGAGAGGUCGGCGCCGCCUCCGCCGCCUAGGAAGAGGCCGCUCCGCGGCGGCGCCGGUGGGAAGAGGGAGCCCCCGGAGAAUGGAUACUUCUGCCCACCCGACCUGGAGGAGCUCGUCGCCGACCGCCGCUCUCCUCUGACGGUUUUCGGCGACCGUUGGACUACACAUGGAGUUAGUCGUACUGAAAAUCCGCCAGAGAAGACUACCACAUCGCCUUGGCGGUUGACUCCAUCGCCAGCCCUCUCCCUCGACCCCCGUAUCCUUGUCGGAACCGAGACGGGUGAUGAGGUUGUUGAGGACGAGGACGACCAUGGAGACGCUAACUGGAGUCUGUACAUCGCAGAGAUAUUGAAGGAGGUGACUGAGACGGCAGAGUCACUGGGGAGGCGUAGGGCGGAGAUGUAG